CACUUGAAGGGAGAUAACCGCUGCCGGAGAUUCUCAGCAGUGGUUGUUUCAAAUAUUUCUGUCUUUUCGGACAGGAAAACUGUUGAUUUGACAUCUUUUGUGGACGACAGGAAAUACGUCUUGUACAAUGUGCGGUAGAACCGCUUGUGCUCUUGCCCCCGAUGAUAUUGUUGGUAGAUGUACCUAUCAGCGCCGGUCAUCAGGGCAACGAGAAAAGCCAGUUUGGCGUGACCCCCAGGAGCAGAAGUACUACCCAUCACACAACAUCGCCCCAGCCUCACACACACCAGUCUUGCUGUCGAGCAGGCACUAUGGGAGUGAGCUGGAGGGUGUGGCCGAGCCUGUGAUCCAGCCAAUGAAAUGGGGUCUGACCCCAUCCUGGCACAAGGGGGAUCCUUACAAGGUUGAAUAUGAGACUAACAACUGCCGGGCUGAAGGCAUGCUGACCAAACGCAUGUAUAAAGUACCGCUGGAGAAGGGGCGCAGAUGUGUCAUUCUGGCUGAAGGAUUUUUUGAAUGGAAAAGGAGUGAAAAGGUGAAGCAACCAUAUUACAUCUACUUUCCUAAGUCUGAUGGUGAAGGAGAGGUGAAAGAAGAGAAGCCAGACAUCAAAUCUGAAAUAAAAAUGGAAUCCAUCUCGGUGAAGACGGAAGUCAAGUUAGAACCAGCAGAGUCACAACUGUUGGAAAAAAUCAAACAAGAAGAUGGUGUUACACAGGUGAAAUCAGAGGUGAACUCUGAGGUGAAAGCAGAGGUGAAGUCCGAGGUGAAGGUCGAGAGAGACGUGAAGGCAGACCCGGAGGAGGGCAAUCUCAAGUCAGUGGCGAAUUCAGAGAGCAAUAACAAUGGAGAUUUAAGGGGAGACAAGUUGCUGACGAUGGCUGGGGUGUUCGAUGUGUGGAAGCCCCCAGAUGGAGGGGAGCCGCUGUAUUCCUACAGUGUCAUCACAGUCGACGCAUCGCCCGCCAUGGCCUGGAUUCAUCACCGUAUGCCGGCUAUUCUACAGACGGAUGAAGACAUUGAAGCAUGGUUGGAUUCCGACAACGUCCCGCUGCAUAAAGCAAUAGAGAUGAUUCACCCGAUCGAAGGAGUGACCAUGCAUGCUGUGUCUCCCGUGGUCAACAACUCCCGGAAUAAAACCCCUGACUGUGUCAAACCUUACGAUCCAAAAAAACCAAAGACUACGGCUGCCAGCAGCUUUAUGAUGAACUGGCUGGGGAAGUCCAAAAGGUCGGACUCAGACACCGAGAAAACAUCACCUGCAAAGAAACAGAAAUCGGAGACCUAGUCACAAGUCACUUACAAAACAGAUCUUUUAUCUUUAACAAGCUGGGUUCACAAAGGAUAAUGGCACAAACAUAUGUUGAGAUGGUAAAGAAAAUCAAAAGAACUUCAAAAUUAAUGAAGGAAAUCAAACAAUUUGCACUUGGUGGGAAUUUUGUGUUGGUAGAGCUGUGAGUUGAUGGCCUGUUGUUUUCAGAUAAAAUAUUUGUCAGUCGGUUUUGGAGGCCUGCUGAUACAUCCAUUCCAAGCUGAUGGCAGGCCAUUUCACACAG